AUGCAAAUAUCAAAAGCAAUAAUUUAUGGAACGAUCGCAACUUGGCUUGGCAGAAGAUCAGAUGAAAAGAAAACACAUUCAUGGAUUUGUUAUGUAAGAGGGGCUCAUAAUGAAGACUUAUCCUAUUUCAUUGAUAAGGUAAUAUUUGUUUUACAUAGUUCAUUUGAAAACACCAAUAGAGGUAAAAUAUACAAAUAAAAAUUUAGUUGUCUCUUAACAUCCAUUUGUGAUUGCAGAAACAGGUUGGGGUUAAUUCGAUAUCAUAAUAAAAAUAUAUUUGAAAGGCGAUUAUGAUUAGCCCUUGGUCACAGUGCAUCCAUUAAAACUAUAUCAAAACUAAACACAAAAUAUUCCAUUAACUAGGAAACCUGUUGUGAGCGAACAAUACGAUGAAAUUGUAUUUAUUAACCCAAAAGUAAUUAAUUACUCCUAACUUAGCCUGAACUCUUAGAAAUCUUAAAUGCAAAGCCAAACUAUGAAAACAACUAAGUAGAAGAGGAAGCUCAAGUAGAUUAAAAGGAGCCUGAUUUUGAACAGAUGACUCCUGCAUAAAUAUUGAAAUAUAAUUAGCCGUAUUUCACAAUUUUUGACACAAAUGAAUCUAAGGCAACAAUUGAAAAGGCCAUCUAAAUUGUAAGCCAAGAUAUAUUAGCAGAUUAUAAAAGAAAAGUAAAGUAUCGCAAAUAUAAAUAAAUUAGAAUCAUCAAUUAGACACAGAAAUUUAAGAAUUAUAAAUUGAAUAUGAAAACCUGUAAAAUAAAUUAUCACAAACACAAUAAUGA